ACAUGAAGCACCUGUUCGGCUCGGCGAGGGACCCGUGCAGCGACUUCUACGAGUUCGUGUGCAGCAGCUGGCAGGCGCAGAACGCGCUGCCACCCAACCGCCGCCGAUGGGCCGUCCACGACCUCCUUGUACAGAAGAUAGAGGGAGCUGUCUACUGGUUCCUGGAAGAUUUUGCCCGCAUAUAUAAGGACCUAAUGGCGAAUAAAUCCCUGCCCACGACAAAAAUACACGCUCUGUUGAAGGCCUGUGAAGACACAGACUCUAUCGACCUGAAGGGCUUCGGUCCACUGCGAAACGUGUUCCGGCACCUCUACCUGGAGCGGUGGCCAUUGGCCUCAAGCAGCACAGCGGAAGCAGGACCGGAGCCGGACCUGGAGGAGAUCACCGGCAUGAUCGUACGUGAUCUGUCCAUUCACCCGUUCAUGCACAUUAGCGCCAACGCUGAUGCCACAGGAGCCGUCACUCUGCAAAUCGAUGAGCCGGAAUUGUCGCUGACUCGGCACAGAUACUUCGAUGUGUCAUACGAUCUGCCCGGCUACCGACAACUGGUCACCGAUGGGCUGAACUUCGUCAACGAGCGCAAUGACUCCGCUGCUCUCGCAGCGGAGAUCGUAGACCUCGAGCAGCAGCUUGCGGAGGGCAUGGACGGCACGUCGGGCUGGUUGCCAGAAUCGGCCCAGUUCGAAGUUGUCACACUCGAGGACCUGCAGGCUGCCGAUAACUGGAGCUGGUCGGCGUUCCUGUCGGCCCUGUUCGACGAUGAUCACGCGGUCACGGGCAAUGCAACGGUCAUCGUCAAAUCCCCCAAGUUCCUGGAGAAGCUGAUGAAGAUUCUCGAGACCACCACCAGGUUGGCAUAGACAGGAAUAUU